AUGCAUUUUAAAACUCCAUGGCUACUUGCUCUUGCUGUGGCCGCCAUGCCCAUAGUCUCUGCAGAUGAUCCACUCCCUUGGAGUCCACUGCAAUAUCCUCCGCUGCCACCUAUGAGUGGUCCUUAUGUGGCACCAUCAACGCCAAAAUACAAUUAUGCGGAAGUACUUCACAAGAGUUAUCUCUUUUAUCAUGCUCAAAAGUCCGGUAAUUUGCCCUAUCAGCGAUUAGCCUGGCGAUCCGAUUCCUGCAAAAUCUGCGUCGGUGAAUAUGGUGAAGAUCUUUCUCGUGCUUGGUAUGAAGCAGCAAAUACUAUGAAAUGGGGAUUGCCUCUCGGUUGGGCUACAACUCAACUCGCUUUCAAUGUCAUGAUUUUUGAAGAUGCCAUGAAUUCUGUAGACGAGCUCGCCGAAGGACUGGAAUUACUUAAAUGGGGAGCAGAUUAUCUUGUGAAUGCGCAUUAUAAUGAUACGCACAUUGUCGGACAAUUGGGUAUCUCUGCUCUAGGCCCUAUUUCCAAAGUCAUCGGAUGGGAUGUCGACUUCAACUACUGGGGACCACCUGAAGAAUAUGAGGAGUGGGUACCUACAGGUCUGCCUCAUAAAGCAACCUAUAUCACGCCCGAUAAUCCAUCCUCUGAAAUCGCCGGUGAAUACAGUGCUGCCCUUGCCGCUGUAUCCGUUGCCUGGCAAAAGCACAAUGCUACCUAUGCUGACAAUCUCAUUGACCACGCUAAACGACUAUACAAGUUUGCUUCCGAGAAUCUCGGUAGUUAUGUUACCUCCAAACAAAAUCCUCUACAAUGGGCUACCUUCUGGUACCCAUCUACCGGAUACGUGGACGAAUUGGCAUGGAGUGCAGCUUGGAUCUACGCAGCCACCAAGGACGAAUUUUACUUGAACGAGGCUAAAAAGUGGUAUCUGAACGUGACUGACUCUUGGGCAGAGUACUCCUGGGACGAAAAAGGUGGUGGACUUCACGUGCUGUUGUAUGCCAUCACGAAGGACGGCAUGUUUUAUGAUAAUGCUAUCGAAUACUUUUCUCAGUUCUUGCCUGGACCAAAGCAGAUUGUCAAGUUUACCCCUCGUGGACUGGCCUACAUCGAUCACUGGGGCUCAGUCGGGUACUCUGGUAAUGUUGCCUUCCUGAUGAUGGCCUUUGCUAAAUUGAUCGGUUAUGAUAAACCUCAAGCCCAGGAUUUGACCAACUUUGCCAUUCAACAGAUCAACUAUGCCCUAGGUGACUAUGGAUACAGCUGGGUUGUCGGCUUUGGUGAUAACUAUCCGGCAAAACCAUAUCAUAAGGCGUCUUAUAAUGCCUACAUUGACUAUCCUCUUCGUGGUGCUACUCAGGACGAGGUUGAGAGGGAUUUCACUGAGAGCAAAACCAAUCAACGUUUCAUCCUCUAUGGUGCUGUCGAAGGAGGCCCCAAUAUUGAUGAUUCUUGGUAUGAUGAUCGAUCAAACUAUGAGUACUCUGAAGUCACUCAGGACUACAACGCAGCCUGGACUGGUGCCAUCGCAGGUCUCAUAGACUAUUACGGAGCAACCAACUUUGAACCUUACACUGAUUGUGGUCUUGACUUGGGCUGGGACCAUCCAAAUGCGUCAAAGCCUCCUGCUUGGCCCGCUGAUGAUUGUUACCAUACAUGUAACAAAGGAUGUCCUCGUGGCGAGAUGAAAUCUUCUUACUCUUGGAAGCUACUUACGACGCCUCCUGAGGAACUGCACCAGUCUUUGGAAGUACUUUAUCCGGGCCAGGGAACUCACAAGGCUGUUGCUCUUGGUGUCAUAAUACAGAAUGCUAAACUUGCAGAAUCUGUAGACAAGAAAGGGGAUGUUGAACUAGAACGCAUCGAAUCAUCUGCUCUUCCUUCUCCUACCCCUCUUUACGCAACCUUUGCUGCCAUCACAAUUGCAUUAUAUUUUGUAUGUGCAUUCUAG